AUGUUUGCUGGAUCUACAUCUGCACCCUGGUCACCUUAUUUCUAAAUAUACUACAUAUUUUUCAAAUUCAUUCUCUCUCUCUCUAAACUAAACCCUUCUUCUUCUUCUUCCUCUUCUUCUUCUUAUUAUUAUUAUUUCCGAUGCGAUGUCAUCAUCGCGUCGUCCCCCUUACAACAUCAUCCCAAUCCACGACCUCUUAGCCGACCACCCAUCUCUCCGCUACCCCGAAGUUCGCGCCGCACAAUCCGCUCUUCGAACCACCGGCGACCUGCGCAAACCACCUUACAUCCAAUGGGACCAACAUUACGACCUCCUCGAUUGGCUAGGCUUCUUCUUCGGGUUCCAGUCCGACAACAUCCGCAACCAAAGAGAACACCUCGUGCUUCACUUGGCCAACGCUCAAAUGCGCCUUCAACCUCCCCCCGACAACAUCGACUGCCUCGACCAUGCUGUUCUCCGCCGGUUCCGCCGUAAAAUUUUGAAGAAUUAUACCCUUUGGUGCGGGUAUCUUGGUCGGAGGUCUAGCAUCUGGAUCGUGGAGAAUCGUCGGCGAGAUGAUGAUUUACGGCGGGAAUUGUUGUAUGUUGCUUUGUAUUUGCUUGUUUGGGGUGAGUCUGCUAAUUUGAGAUUUGUUCCUGAAUGUUUGUGUUAUAUCUUUCAUCAUAUGGCAUUGGAAUUGAACAAGAUAUUGGAGGAUUAUAUUGAUGAGAAUACUGGCAGACCUUAUAUACCUCAAAUUACUGGGGAGAAUGCUUUUUUGGAUCAAAUUGUGAAACCCAUUUAUAAUUCGAUUAGAAAAGAGGUUGAGAGUAGUGGGAAUGGGACGAACCCUCAUAGUGCGUGGCGAAAUUAUGAUGAUAUUAAUGAGUAUUUUUGGAGUAGGAGGUGUUUUGAUAAGUUGAAGUGGCCAAUUGAUGAAUCAAGUACUUUCUUUGUGGUUCAAGGGAGGAAGAGACAUGUGGGUAAAACCGGGUUUGUCGAGCAACGAUCGUUUUGGAAUCUGUAUCGUAGUUUCGAUCGUUUGUGGGUGAUGCUGGUGUUGUUCUUGCAAGCGUCGAUUAUUGUUGCUUGGGAGCAGGAGGUUAAUGGGAGAGGGUACCCAUGGUCUUCGUUGAGUCAUAGGGAAGUUCAAGUAAAGUGUUUGACUGUGUUCUUGACAUGGAGUGUGAUGAGAUUUGUACAGUCCCUUCUUGAUAUUGGAAUGCAGUAUCGAUUGGUUUCGAGGGAGACUUUGACGGUUGGAGUUAGGAUGUUAUUGAAGUGUGUUACUUCUGCUGUGUGGGCGAUUGUUUUCGGGACUUUUUAUGCAAAGAUAUGGACGCAGAGGAACAAUAAUAGGGGAUGGUCUGGUGCUGCUGAAAGGCAGAUCAUUAAUUUUCUGCUGGCUGUUGCGGUUUUUGUACUUCCUGAGGUUUUGGCUUUGGUUUUGUUUAUCAUUCCCUGGGUUCGGAAUUUUGUGGAGGAGACGAAUUGGAAGAUAUUUUAUAUGAUUACUUGGUGGUUUCAGACCAGGAUAUUUGUGGGUCGUGGACUGAGGGAAGGUCUUGCAGAUAAUAUCAAAUAUACUCUGUUCUGGAUUUUGGUGCUUGCUUCCAAGUUUGUGUUUAGUUAUUUCCUACAGAUCAGGCCUAUGAUUAAACCGACGCGUAUCUUGGUGAAUCUUAAGGAUGUUGAAUAUGAGUGGUAUGAAUUCUUCCGUGGCAGUAACCGAUUUGCAGUUGGGCUUUUGUGGCUUCCUGUUGUUUUGAUUUACCUGAUGGACUUGCAGAUAUGGUAUUCUAUCUACUCAUCCUUUGUUGGUGCGGCAGUGGGAUUGUUUUCUCACCUGGGUGAGAUUCGAAACAUGCAGCAAUUAAGGUUGAGGUUUCAGUUCUUUGCUAGUGCAAUUCAAUUCAAUCUCAUGCCUGGGGAGCAGCUGUUAAAUUCAAGUGGGAUUAAAAACAAAUUUAAGGAUGCAAUCCAUCUGUUGAAGCUCAGGUAUGGGUUUGGUCGCCCUUACAAAAAACUUGAGUCUAGUCAGGUGGAGGCAAAUAAGUUUGCUUGGGUAUGGAAUGAAGUGAUCAGUAUUUUCAGAGAAGAGGACAUCAUAAGUGAUAAAGAAGUUGAGUUGCUGGAGCUCCCUCAGAAUACAUGGAAUGUUAGGGUCAUCCGUUGGCCUUGUAUACUUCUUUGCAAUGAGCUGCUUCUGGCACUUGGUCAGGCAAAAGAGCUGGUUGAUGCACCUGAUAGGUGGCUUUGGCAUAAGAUAUGCAAGAAUGAGUACCGCCGGUGUGCUGUGAUAGAAGCAUACGAUGCUAUAAGGUAUUUGCUGCUUGCAAUUGUUAAAAAAGGUACUGAAGAACAUUCUAUCAUUAUGGUCUUGUUUCAAGAAAUUGAUCAGGCUAUUGAGAUUGAGAAAUUCACCAAGACAUAUGAUUUGAAUGCUCUUCGAAAAAUCCAUGAGAAACUGAGUGUUCUUGUGAAGAUGCUGAUCCAACCUAAGAAGGUUGAUCUCAGCAAGGUGGUGGAUGCAUUGCAGGCCCUUUAUGAGACUGCCAUACGGGACUUCUAUCUAGAUCAGAGACCUACCGAACGCCUGAGGGAGGACGGUUUGGCUCCUCGAUCUGCUUCUGGAAAGAGCCUGCUUUUUGAGGAUGCCAUUGAGUUGCCUGGUGAGGAUAAUGAGUCCUUUUACAGGCAGCUCCGACGUUUGAACAUCAUUCUUACCUCCAAAGACUCUAUGCACAAUGUCCCAAAUAAUCUUGAGGCUAGACGGAGGAUUGCCUUCUUCAGCAAUUCCCUCUUCAUGAAUAUGCCUCAUGCCCCUCAGGUGGAAAAAAUGCUGUCUUUUAGUGUUCUGACGCCUUACUACAGUGAAGAGGUCAUGUACAGUAAGGAACAGCUGCAAAAGGAGAAUGAAGAUGGGAUUUCUACCCUAUUUUACUUGCAGACUAUAUAUAAGGAUGAGUGGGAGAAUUUCAUGGAGCGUAUGCAUCGAGAGGGUCUGACAGAUGAUAAAGAAGGUUGGGACUGUAAGCUUAGAGACCUUAGGCUUUGGGCGUCCUACAGAGGUCAGACCCUUUCUCGCACUGUUAGGGGGAUGAUGUAUUAUUAUCGUGCCCUUAAGAUGUUAGCUUUCCUGGAUUCGGCAUCUGAGAUGGAUAUUAAGGAAGGGGCACUUGAACUUGCUACUGCGAGACAGAGCAGUGGUUUGGGUGGUUUUGGCUCUGCAAGGUUACCAUCAUCGAGAAGUGGGGGGAGUCUGAGUCGAGCCAGUAGUUCUAUCAGUGAACUGUACAAAGGUCAUGAGUAUGGAACUGCUUUAAUGAAAUUUACCUACGUGAUUGCAUGCCAGAUAUAUGGUACACAGAAGGCAGAGAAGAAGCCCCAGGCUGAGGAAAUACUGCAAUUAUUAAAGCACAAUGAAGCCCUUCGUGUUGCUUAUGUUGACGAAGUUCCCACAGGAAGGGUUGGCAAAGAUUACUACUCUGUUCUUGUAAAGUAUGAUCAGCAGUUAGAGCAGGAAGUGGAAAUCUACCGAAUCAAGUUGCCUGGUCCUAUUAAGCUUGGAGAAGGCAAGCCAGAAAAUCAGAACAGCUCCAUUAUUUUUACUCGUGGGGAUGCUAUUCAGACAAUUGAUAUGAAUCAAGAUAAUUAUUUCGAGGAGACUCUCAAGAUGCGGAAUUUGUUGGAAGAAUUCAGGCAUAAGCAUGGUAUUCGCAAGCCAACAAUUUUAGGUGUCCGUGAACACAUAUUCACUAGUGGUGUUUCUUCUAUUGCUCGGUUCAUGUCAGCCCAGGAAAUGAGCUUUGUGACCUUGGGCCAACGUGUUCUUGCCAAUCCUUUGAAAGUUAGAAUGCAUUAUGGUCAUCCUGAUGUCUUUGAUAGAUUUUGGUUCUUGACUCGUGGAGGAGUUAGUAAAGCAUCCAGAGUCAUUAAUAUCAGUGAGGAUAUAUUUGCUGGCUUCAAUUGCACACUACGAGGUGGUAAUGUCACUCACCAUGAAUACAUUCAGGUAGGCAAGGGAAGGGAUGUCGGCUUAAACCAGAUAUCAAUGUUUGAGGCUAAAGUGGCCAGUGGAAAUGGUGAGCAGGUUCUCAGCAGAGAUGUAUAUCGUUUGGGUCAUAGGUUGGACUUUUUCAGGAUGCUGUCCUUCUUCUACACUACAGUUGGUUUCUUUUUCAAUACAAUGAUGGUAGUUCUGACCGUUUAUGCAUUUUUGUGGGGCCGCCUAUACUUGGCUCUGAGUGGGAUUGAGGCUUCUAUUGAGGCGGACUCUAGUAAUAGCAAUGCAGCACUUGGCACGAUAUUGAAUCAGCAGUUCAUCAUCCAGAUAGGUCUGUUUACGGCUCUUCCGAUGAUUGUUGAAAAUUCUCUAGAACUUGGAUUCCUCAAUUCUAUCUGGGACUUCAUUACCAUGCAGCUACAACUUUCAUCUGUUUUCUUCACAUUCUCAAUGGGUACCCGUACCCACUACUUCGGCAGGACAAUUUUACAUGGAGGUGCCAAAUAUCGUGCUACUGGACGUGGCUUUGUUGUGCAGCACAAGAGUUUUGCUGAAAAUUACCGACUGUAUUCCCGCAGCCAUUUUGUGAAAGCAAUUGAACUGGGGCUGAUACUCACAGUGUAUGCUGGAUUUAGCCCUGCAGCAAAAGGCACAUUUGUGUACAUUGCUCUGACCAUCUCAAGUUGGUUCUUGGUGAUAUCAUGGUUACUGGCUCCCUUUCUGUUCAAUCCUUCAGGUUUUGACUGGUUAAAAACUGUGAAUGACUUUAGUGAUUUCAUGAACUGGGUCUGGUAUAGCGGUGGAGUUUUUGUGAAGUCUGAGCAGAGCUGGGAGGCUUGGUGGAAUGAGGAGCAGGAUCAUCUGAGAACAACUGGCUUAUGGGGGAAGCUUCUGGAGGUUAUACUGGAUCUCCGAUUCUUCUUUUUCCAGUUUGGGAUUGUAUAUCAGCUGGGUAUUGCUGCUGGAAGUAAAAGUAUCCUUGUUUAUUUGCUGUCAUGGAUCUAUGUCUUUGCUGCUAUUGGAGUCUUUGUUCUAACAUCAUAUGCUCGAUAUAAAUAUUCUGCUAAAGAUCAUAUCUACUACCGUCUCAUCCAGUUCCUGGUUAUUGUCUUGAUUAUUCUUGUGAUAGUGGUGUUGCUGAAGUUCACUAGUCUGGAAAUUGUUGACCUGUUUACAAGUUUCUUGGCAUUUAUUCCAACUGGCUGGGGUAUUAUUUCUGUUGCCCUCGUGCUUCGAGGAUUUAUACGGAAAACUGUUCUUUGGAGGGUUAUUAUGGCCAUGGCUCGUCUGUAUGACAUCAUGUUUGGUGUGAUUGUAAUGACUCCUCUUGCAUUUCUCUCUUGGAUGCCUGGUUUCCAGUCAAUGCAGACAAGAAUCUUAUUUAAUGAAGCGUUCAGUAGAGGUCUACGGAUAUUCCAGAUUCUAACGAAUAAGAAGGCAUAGAGAUUCCUGACUUGAGAAAGGUUCUGCACAGGCGUUAUCAUUGAAAAUUUCUUGAAGAGUUGAUGGUGGGAGGUUAUAUUUCUCAGUUUUGUGUAGUGUGAGGUGUUCUGUUGUGCUGUAAUUAGUCCAAUUGUCCUUUUGUCUAGUAACUUUAAGGGUGGUAUCUAUCUUUAGUUUCAACUUUUUUACCUGCUUGCUCUUUGGUUCUCUUUGGUUCUGCUUGAGUAGGAGGAUAGAUUCUAGUUUUGCUUGCACAUUGUAUCUAGCCGUUUGUUAAAUUCUUUCUCACCAUUCUUUUGUUUAGAAGUACAGUCGUGAAUUUAAGCACAACUUGGUCUUGUGUUCUUAGCUUUUAUGGUCAGUUCAUAGCUUAAUUCUUGAAACAUGCAAUACUGCAGCAGCAGAAUUCAGCAGAUCGGCAUUACA